GGUUCAUUCUUUCCAGAAAAUUAUCUUACAGAUUAUAUUUAGACUUAUAAAAAAUUUGAACAGAACAAAUUUCACCAAAGAAAUAAACAUGACGUCGUAUUUUCAUCAAUUUGUAAAAAAUGUGCGAAGUUACGUGGCAACUUGGGUGUGUGAAAAAUGUUGUGAGAAUUGCGGCGUAAAGAGAAAAUGUUGUGAGGAGGAUUUGGAAAUUGGAGGUGAAAGCGCUCCCCCAACGAAGAAAGCCAAUCUUGAAAUUCAAAUUCCGACAGAUUCGUGUCGAAAAUGUUGCGGAAUUGUGGAAGAAAUUGAGGGUAUCGUCCCCAGCAGAAGAGAUGACAAAAAUGACGACGCCGAAUUUAUCAAAGAUCACGAAAUCGAUGCAUCACCUCGUCGCGAUGGCUUUCACGACCCCGAUUUUAACGACCGAAUCGACUACCUCCGCAAAACGUUUCUAAAUCCCAUCAGGUUUCCCGACUUGUACAAAUCCGCCAACAUUUUCCCCCCGAAAGGAAUGUAUUUCUUCGGCACUGGAAUAAAUGAGCGUGCCCUGGAAACCAUUAAAGAAUUCUCGACCGACCUGGGCGAAGAAUUGGGGGUGGAACGGGUCAGAAUUUUUCGAACGACGCAUAUCGACGCGUACACGAGCUGUGAAGGGACCGAGACUUUCUUCGUGGAUGAGGUGUUCGCAGCAGCGGAAAAGUUUAAACCGUCGAUAAUAUUUUUCCCAGAGUUGGACAAGUUUGGGACACCACAUAGCACACGACGUGACGAAAUCGUGGCGAAAAUUUGCUAUUACAUGGACGCCCUCGUCGCUGGGGAAGUCUUCGUCUUCGCCACCGUGGACGCCACGCCGCCCGCCCCCUUCAAUCGGCUGAACGGUCCCCCCCCGCUUCUCAAAAGGGUACCACGUCGCGACAGCCGUUCUAACUUCAGGGGUUCUUGCCUUUCUCAAGACGGAAACGGAAAAAUGGAAAAUUUCCGAAGAAACUAAUUCCCGGGAUGAAAUCUUAGCCAAAGUUUCCGAAAUCCUGGGCAGUUACCCCGAUCCGAUAAAACAUUUCGACUUGACGACCCUUUGUCA